AUGGCUUCACAGCAAUCCAACACUGACAAGAUGCCGGAAACACAACAAGUGACGCCUGAAACAACCAAUUCAGUGGUGGUGGUCGAGAAUCGGCUGGCCUACAUUGGUAUUAUUAUCCCCAUGUCGAUUCUUGGUACCUUGAUCCGGAUCGGUUUGUUGCGUCUGGAAACGUACGAAGGAGCGCCUGUGUUUGGAUUGGUGUAUGCACAGUGGAUCGGAUGUUUUAUUAUGGGCAUUGCAGUACAAAAGAAAGGAUGGUUCCAAUACGUAUAUCCACCAUUGCAAGUCGGCCUAUCAACAGGCUUGUGUGGAUCAAUUACCACCUUUUCGUCAUGGCAGCGUGAUAUCUUUGAAGGCUUUGCAAACUACACACAAGCAAAUCACUACACAGGAUACAACAUUCUUGCCGCCAUCUCCCAACUCCUCGUGACACUCGCCAUGUCUCUCAAUGGUUUGAUUUUUGGAAGACACGUGGGUCGUAUUCUUUUACCUUUUGAACCUCCUCCUUUCAAAUUGAUUCGACGUCCUUUGGCACCUUGGCAGGAAAAGGAAAGCUUCCGGAAAACGGAUUGGUUGGUCAUUGCAUUCGGUAUCCUAUCAUGGAUAGGUGUCAUUAUAGCAGCAGCACUCGCUACUCAACAACGUGCUUUGGCAUUUGCAUGUGUAUUCAGUCCCGUGGGUGCCUUACUCCGUUGGUAUCUCUCAUUCAUCAACACCAAAUACGUCAACUUUAUGUACGGCACAUUCGCUGCUAACAUGAUUGGAACCCUCACCCUGGCUAUUCUAUCAUUGGCUGGCAAUGGUGUCUAUAUAUCAUCGAUCGGGUGUCAAGUCCUCUUGGGUCUGGCAGAUGGAUUUUGUGGAUGCCUUUCAACGGUGUCAACGUUCGUGGUCGAAUUGACCAGCUUGCCGUUAUAUCAAUCUUACAUUUAUGGAACAACUUCUGUUGUCGUGGGUCAAAUCUUUAUGUUUCUAAUCUUUGGCACGUACAUCUGGACCCAAGGCAUCAAUCCCACAUGCAUUUAG